AUGAAUUCUUUCUGGUGGGGUCAUAAAAGAGAUAGAGCGAAAGGCAUCCAUUGGCUUUCUUGGGACCGUUUGUCUAUGCCAAAAAGUGUAGGAGGUAUGGGUUUCAAAAAUCUUAGUGCUUUCAAUUAUGCUAUGCUCAGCAAACAAGCUUGGAGACUUAUGAUAAAUCCUGAUAAUCUAGUUUCUCGUCUCUACAAAGCUAGGUACUUUCCAAAUUGUGAUUUUCUGGAAUCUGCUAUUGGACAUAAUCCCAGUUAUGUGUGGAGAAGUAUAUGGAGUUCUAAAUUUGUGGUUCGAGGAGGUUAUAGAUGGAGUAUAGGGUCAGGAGAGAACAUAUCGGUUUGGGAUCAUAAAUGGUUAUAUGAUAGUUCUUCUUUGGUUAAUCCUUGGCCUGAUAACUCAUUUGUGGCAAAGCUCAGAGUCUCGGAUUUGAUGAUUCCUAAUAGUAAACAUUGGAAUCCGACUUUGAUUUCUUCUCUCCUUGGGGGAGAUAUUGCGCAAAAGGUUUUCUCUACUCCCUUAUUUGAUUCGGUUCAGGUGGACAAAUUAUAUUGGCAGCUUGAGAGAAAUGGGAGGUUCUCCGUUCGUAGUGCUUAUCGAUAUUGUAUUAAUGAGGCCAUUGACACCUCUCAUCUCAGGAUUGAAGAAAGGUGGAACCUGAUAUGGAAUAUAAAGACCUCUCCUAGGGUUAAGAAUUUUUUAUGGCGGCUUUGUAGGAACUGUGUGCCUACUUGUAACACGGUGAACUGA